AUGCGUCUAGAGAAAUCCAUUGCUACUUCUGCAGCUAUCAGGGUUGAGCUAGCGAAGAAGAAGCUUAAAAAACUAGAGGAACAAAAAAGACUGGAUGAGGAAGGUGCCGCCAUUGCAGAGGCUGUCGCUCUGCACGUCUUACUUGGUGAAGAUUGUGAUGAUUCAUAUCGAAACAUGCUAAACCAAGAAAGGGGCUUCAAGCCGUGGGAUUAUACUGCCAAAUUCAAUCAGUUUACAGGUGGAAGAAACAGAUUCUUCCCUCACCAACGCUGCUCGAGCUAUGCGGUUCACAGUAACGGACCAAAGGACGGUAACUGGUCAGUCUCAUAUGAGCCUUUCGCAAGGGGAUGGGAUAACAACAACAUGGGAAUAUCAGCUGAUAUGAUAGCUGCUCAAGCUGUGUCGUCACUGCGUAUCUCGGAGAAUGCUAACGUGGACACAGUUGUCUUCAACGGGAUGUUUAGAGGAUGA